AGAGAGAUACUGAUAUAUAAAUAUAUAUAUAUAUAUAUAUAUAUAUAUGUACUCAUUAGCACGCACCUUCCUUCUCAGAAUAGAAAACAGCACGUUCAGGUCCAGAUCUACAUGUACGCGCCCUUGACCACAAGUGAUGGCGUGCAUGAGGCGUACAAGCGCACCCGGGACGGCGACCCCAACUCGACCUCCUCUUCAACCGAGCGUGCAGCAGCGUCCAUUCACGAACAGGCGCAGCACUUCAUUUCCCAGCUGGAACUGGGCGAGGUCCUCGAGCGCGAUCGCGACACGACAGAGGGCAUGAUGACGGGUGCAGACGACUCCGCGCAGUGGGCCUACGGGGGCGACUACUUCUUUCGCCCACACGGCGACGAGCACAGUGACGACAAGGCCGCGUUGCGUGGCGCUCCGGGGUCUGCGGAACAGCAGCAUCGCGCGGGUGACGACGCGCAGCUGGACAAGAGUCGCAAGGUGGUGGUGAACCCCACAAUGGUCCCGCCCGCCUUCUUCACAUCCGGAAACGACUUCUCACCCAGCACGGCUGCGCACGCGAAACCAGAGCAUGGCGACAACGAAGCAGGAGGCAAGGAUGAAGAGGAGAAAGGUCCAAGGGGGCCGUCGCGCUUCUUACACGCGGUGCUGCGUACGUCUGACAUGGACAUCAUCGUGCCGGUUGUCAGCAACGCCUGCCCGCUCGCGGUGAGCGCGACGAAAGGCAGCGCGGCGCUGUCCGAGUUGAAGCGGUUGAUGGACCGCGAGCGCACCAACCGAGAAGUGAUGGACACCUCCAAAUCGAACCUCGCGCAGCUUUUGCGAAAAGAUGCCUUUGGCAGAGUGGCACAGAACGGGGAAGCGCUGACGACGGCGGAGGGGAGUCUGCAGCAGCAGCAACAGCAGUCGUCGGGUCUGAGGUCGCUGGAAGAAGCGCAACAAGAUGAAGAAGAGGAGGCGGCGUACUUGAAGAGGCAGCUGCGAUUAGAACAGGAACGGCUGGAGGAGGCGCGACGGCGCAGCGACGGUCAAGCUUCCUCAUCGUCACAGCAAUCCAGUCGCUCGAAUAAUAAAGUGAAGGAUCAGGCUGCCUUGAAGGAUGUCGGCGAAGGCGUGACACCGGAUAGUCGUCGUCAGCGCAAAGAAGAGCAGCAGACUCGCAUCGCGGAGCGCAAGAGACGUUUAGCCAGCCUGACCAGCGACAUGCGCGAGUUGAAGCGGCGCGACGACAUGCGACGUCAGAAGGAGUCCCUCCCCAUCUUCCGCUGCAAGGACGAGCUUCUGCGCUACAUUGGAGAGAACGCCGUGACAGUGGUGGUGGGCGAAACCGGCAGCGGCAAAACGACGCAGCUGGUGCAGUAUCUGCAUCACCGUGGCUACGCGCGACACGGCAAGAUCAUCGGCUGCACGCAGCCCCGUCGACUCGCCGCGAUCGGCGUGGCGCGGCGUGUGAGUGACGAGAUGGGGUGCGCGCUGGGCACCACGGUUGGCUACUCCAUCCACCUCGACGACACGACCAGCGCCGACACCGAGGUGAAGUUCAUGACGGACGGCGUGCUACUGCGCGAAACGGUGAGUGACCCGUCACUGGAGAAGUACAGUGUGAUGGUGCUCGAUGAGGCGCACGAGCGCUCCGUUGACACGGAUGUGUUGAUGGGAGUGCUGAAGCUGGCGCUGCGUCGCCGCGGCGAUCUGAAGCUGAUCGUCACGUCCGCCACCAUGGACAUACAAAAGUUCUCGAUGUUUUUCGGUCAUGCGCCGUGCUACGAGAUUCCCGGCCAGACCUUCCCGGUGCAGCUUCAGUACAGCCCGUCGCCGGUGGUCGACUACGUGGCGGAGGCGGUGUUUCGUGUGUGUCAACUGCACCUGCAGAUGCCGAUGGAGGGCAAGCACGACAUCCUUGUUUUCAUGACUGGCAGAGAGGACGUGUACGGGACGUGUGAGUUGAUCCGGCGCCGACUCGCGGAACUCAGUCCGCAGCACCUGGACACCCUUCUCAUCCUCCCGUGCCUGUCCGAGGCGUCUUCAUCUGCUGCGACCAUCACCACCAGUGGCGACGUCGGCGUGCUGGACCCGACGCCAGCUGGGCAGCGGAAGGUUGUGGUGGCCACUAACGUCGCCGAGACCUCGCUAACGAUUGACGGCGUGCGCUACGUGGUGGACUGCGGCUUCAUGAAGACGAACGUCUACCGCCCCUCCAUCGGUAUGAACACGCUGCAGCGCUACCCUAUCUCGCAGGCGCAAGCCGGUCAGCGCAAAGGUCGCGCCGGCCGCACCACCGAGGGCGUCUGCUACCGCCUCUACACCGAGGAACAGUACGCGCAGGAGAUGCUGGUGAACAGCGUGCCGGAGAUUCAGCGCAGCAGCGUCGACAGUGUGGUGCUGCUACUGAAGAGCAUCGGCAUCCGCCGCCUGCGCGAUUUUGACUUCAUGGACGCCCCGCCUGUCGCGAAUGUGCGGAACAGCAUGUUUCACCUGUGGGUCUUGGGAUUUCUGGAUGACGAGGGGGCGAUCACGGCACAGGGGCAGCAGGCGCUGGAGUUCCCCAUUUCGCCCGCGCUAGCGAAGCUGCUCCUGGCGAGCACCGAGCAGGGCUGUGCGGUGGAGAUGGCCCGUGUGGUGUCGAUGAUCUCCGCAGACCCGAAGAACCUGUUUGAGCUGCCCAAGGGUCGUGAGAAGGCCGCCCAUCAGCACCACAGCCGCUUCUACUCCAACGACUCUGACCACCUGACGCUGCUGCACGUCUUCACGCAGUACCUCGAGCACGGUCGAUCGCGACAGUGGGCGCAGGAUCACUUCCUCCACGCCCCGACGCUGGCGAGGGCGUACGAUGUGCUGGUACAGCUGAUGGAGCGGGUGCGGAAGCUGCACCUCCCGCUGCAGUCGUGCGGCCCAGGGGAGCUAGACAAGGUGCGCUAUUGCAUCGCGACGGCGUUCGCCUUGCAGGCGGCGCAACGCUCGGAUCGGCGGUGGACCGACUACCGCCCGCUGCUGAAUGCUGGGGUGACGUGCGCCGUCCACCCCGCCUCGGCCAUUCACGCCCGCAGUGAAAUGCCACCCUACCUCGUCUACAACGAUCUCUUGCUGACGCAGAAGGAGUACCUGGUGAUGGUGACCGCCGUGGAGCCGGAGUGGCUGGUGGAGGCCUCGCACGGCAUCUACGAAAUGCGGCAUUCAUCGUCGUCGUCUACAGCGACGAAGAGCACGUCGGUCGUCCCCGCAGGUGUCACAACAGCCAACGACGAAGUCAAAGUUGCACCUCCAAGGGCUUUAUCUUCCUCGGCGGCCACCGUUGCACCGGCAGCAACGUUAGCCACCACGAGCAGCCGCACCGCUGCGAGUCUCUCUGCUCCUCGUGCGGCCGCUGCCGUGAAGAAGCCAGCUUUUGGAAUGCUUUCCUCAAAGCGGCGGCCCAACAUCUAA